UUUUUUUUUUUCUCUCUCAAUGACAGAGCCCAGCAAAGUUCCCAUUACAAGACAGCAUUGUGCGGCAUGGACAGGUUGGAGGGACGCUUGAAGAGAAACCGAUCCCCUACUACUUUUUUUACUCAAUUGCAGCUGAAUGGGAACAGGAAAGUGGAUACUGAAGCUUUGCUCCUCGGGCCAAUGGAAAAGCUUGUUCGAUUGUUGGAAGUUUAGUAUUUUUCUGUUUAGUUCUUUUCUGCUCAUAGCCCUGGCGGAGGUAAACUAGGUGGAGCUGGCUUUCCUGGAAUUGUAGGGCAGUUUUUCCUGUUGUGCUCCACAGCAGACUGUCUCAAAUGAAAUGACAGCCUAGCUUCUGGAUUUGUGAGCUCAAGGACUCUGCCAUCUGGCCUUUGAGUCUCGACAGUGGCUUUUUAUUUAUUGUGGGUCGGUGGUGAUCUUUCUUCAGCAAUGUCCAAGCGAGGCAAACCAGGGCGAAAUCCAUCGAUAGCUGAUCAGCUUCCCUGGAUUUCGCUGACGACACCACUUUGUUUCGCCUGAAGAUGGAAACACUGGAGUCGGAGCUGACCUGCCCUAUCUGUCUGGAGCUCUUCGAAGAUCCGUUGCUGCUGCCUUGUGCUCACAGCCUCUGUUUCAGCUGCGCACAUCGCAUCCUGGUCUCCCACUGCACAUCCAACGAGCCUGUGGAAUCUAUCAGCGCAUUCCAGUGUCCUACUUGUCGUUAUGUCAUCACCCUCAACCAGAGGGGCCUAGAGGGACUCAAGCGCAACGUCACCCUGCAGAACAUUAUCGACCGCUUCCAGAAAGCUUCAGUGAGCAGGCCCAACUCCCCAAGUGAGACCCGCCGAGAGCGGGCCUUUGACGGCAACACCAUGACCACAUCCAGUGAGAAAGUGCAGUGCCAGUUCUGCGACCAAGACCCGCCACAGGACGCUGUCAAGACCUGUGUCACCUGUGAGGUAUCCUACUGUGAGGACUGCCUGAAGGCCACCCACCCCAACAAGAAGCCCUUCACGGGCCACCGCCUCAUCGAGCCAAUCCCAGACUCACACCUGCGCGGGCUUAUGUGCUUGGAGCAUGAGGACGAGAAAGUGAACAUGUACUGUGUGACGGACGAACAGUUAAUCUGUUCUUUGUGCAAGCUUGUGGGGCGGCACAGGGAUCAUCAAGUGGCAGCCCUGAGCGACCGAUAUGAAAAACUAAAGAGACCCCCUGGGAAGUUUUUCAGUCAGAGGAAUGAGCAGGAAGCCUCAGACCAGCAAGGUUUAGACACAAACCUGAGCAACCUAAUCAAGAGGAACAAUGAACUGGAAACUCUAAUGGGUAAACUCAUUCAGACAUGCCAGCAUGUAGAGGUAAAUGCAUCAAGACAAGAGUCCAAACUAAUUGAAGAAUGUGACCAGUUGAUUGACAUAAUUCAGCAAAGGAGACAAAUUAUUGGAACCAAAAUCAAGGAAGGGAAGGUGGUGAGAUUGCGUAAACUGGCCCAGCAGAUUGGUAACUGCAAGCAAUGCAUUGAUAAAUCCUCGUCCCUCAUCACCCAGGCUGAACAAACCCUCAAGGAAAAUGACCAUGCCCGCUUCCUGCAGACGGCAAAAAAUAUCACUGAAAGAGUUUCCAUGGCGACAGCAUCUUCCCAGGUCCUGAUACCACAAAUCAACUUAAAUGACACAUUUGACACAUUUGCAUUAGACUUUUCAAGGGAAAAGAAAAUGCUAGAAAGCCUUGACUAUCUCACCGCUCCAAAUCCCCCGGGAAUUCGUGAAGAGCUGUGUACAGCGUCGCAUGAUACUAUCACUGUCCACUGGACAUCUGAUGAUGAAUUCAGCAUUGUCUCCUAUGAACUUCAGUAUGCCAUCUUCACAGGACAGGCCAAUGUAGUUAGUUUAUGUAACUCCGCUGACAGCUGGAUGAUUGUUCCCAAUAUUAAACAGAACCACUACACUGUGCACGGACUGCAGAGCGGCACCAAGUACAUCUUCAUCGUCAAGGCGAUAAAUCAGGCUGGCAGCCGGAGCAGUGAGCCUGGCAAGCUCAAGACAAACAGUCAGCCUUUCAAGUUGGACCCGAAAUCUGCCCAUCGGAAGUUAAAGGUGUCCCAUGACAAUCUAACUGUUGAACGUGACGAGACUUCUUCAAAAAAGAGUCACACGCAAGAGCGUUUCACCAGUCAGGGGAGCUAUGGCGUGACAGGCAAUGUGUACAUUGACAGCGGGCGCCACUAUUGGGAGUCCCUUAUUGGAGGAAGCACAUGGUAUGCAGUUGGAAUCUCCUACAAGUCGGCUCCCAAGCAUGAGUGGAUUGGUAAGAAUUCAGCCUCUUGGGUCUUGUGUCGCUGUAACAACUCCUGGGUGGUGAGACACAACAGCAAGGAGUUACCCAUCGAGCCCUCCCCUCACCUGCGGCGUAUUGGAGUUUUGCUGGACUACGACAAUGGCUUUCUGGCCUUCUACGAUGCUGUAAGCUCUCAGCACCUUUACACGUUUGACAUUUCAUUUGCACAGCCCGUGUGCCCUGUAUUUAACGUGUGGAACAAGUGUUUAACAGUUUUAACAGGGCUUCCCAUACCAGACCAUUUGGAGUGCACUGAGCUGCAGCCGUGAUCGCCGUGGCAACAAGGAUAACAAGGACUCUCGGUGUAUCCCAGGAGCGAAUGUCUCGGAGAACGUCUUUGGCUGGAACUGCUUUACUUUACAUUAGCUUUCUCUGAACAGUCCAGUCAGAACUGCAAGUGCGGACUUUCCCGGCACUAAACUGUAUAAAUAUAUAAGCCAUGGCUUUAAGUUGUUCUGUACUUUGUACUUAUUCUUUAAUAGUGAAAACAAAUUAUACUAUUUAUGAAAAAAAUGAAUAAUUCAACUAAAAAAAAAAGUAGAAUUGAUUUGCUUUGCACAUUAUUGUUUACUAUUAUAUUUAUGCUUAGUUGGUUAAUUUUGGGAGAUUUUAAAAAGAGGGACUAAAAUAGCAAAAUCAUUUUAAACAACUUUUUUUUUUUUUUAAUCCAGGGGGUGCUUUUAUUUGGAUCUUCAAACAUGGAUAAACAGAACUGAAGUGUUGUCUAUAAUUUUAGGUGUUUCUGUUCUGCCUUUGUAACCAGCAUGCCAAUAUAAUAAGCCUUGAGGAAUGUAGCCUAGCAAACAAUUAGUUUUAACAGUAUAUAUGGAUGACUUAGUCAAAUGUGUGCAUUCAUGUUGAUAACUGUUGUAAUGUCUUCAGUCCUGUUUAUCCUUUCACAAAGGGAAAAUAUAUUCCUAUCUUUUUAACUGGCAGGAGAUUUUAUCAUACUUUUUUUUUUUUUAAUAAAUGCAAACAAGAUGAAAAUACUACCAUACAAUUUUUUUACCACUAUUAUUUUUAAGCAUUUUUAGUGAAUCAAUAAAAUAGCUUAAUAAUGGAUUACCAGGCAGGGUGUUCAUUGCUGCACUACCUUUCAUUCUGCACCGAAGACUGAGAACAAUGUCAUGGACUGGAAUACACAUGCAGUAGGAAAGCUGUCAAGUAACAGGACAUUACCUUGGUGGAAAAUGCUGUUAAAAGUCACCCAGAUACACAAUGGAUUCAUAUUAUUAUUUGACUGUCUGAACUGAGAUGACUUUCACCAGUGUAUCUUUCACUUCAAGGAGAAAACGGAAAGAAUGCUUUUCCUGCGUAAUCUGCAUUUUAUUCAUGGGAGCCAAGUCUCCCCCUUCUCUACUAUGAAUUGUUAAUCACUUUUCAGUAAAUAAACCCGAGUGUUGAUUACAGAUUGCCUGUCUGCUACAAAAGACUUGCAUCAUCUUCUGUCAUUUUCAAUCAGCACUGCAGCAUUGGAGUACAUUCUUGAGGUUUCAGUGCUCAUUUCUGGUCAUACUGCAGAUAAACUGCUGCUUGCCGGUUUGUUUGUUUUAGGUGUUAUUUGUAUUUGUAUUUUUUUUUUUUUUUAGCAAGAAUUUCUUUUGUUUUGCUGUACCAUAUUCAGUGUCUGUUUCUUGGAUUAAAAAAAAGUUUGAAUAGCAA